GGUAGUUUGCACCUCCCCCUGAUAUCGAUUGCCACAAUUUUAUUUCAUUUUAAAAUAAUUCUUUGAUUUAAAUUCGCAUUGUACUGGCAAUUGGCAGGGUCGUUACAAACGGAAAGUGCGAAUAUCGGAGAGUGCGAGUGCAGGGGAACCAGUCUGGGUGUCGUAACUCCGGGCGGAGUCACAGAAUGACCAGUGCGGAGAAGGAUAACAACGGAUUAUCCUGAUCCUGGACUCGGACUCCCGAGUGCAGUUGUGUGCGUGCCCUGCGUGCGCCCCCGCGAGUGCGUGUGUCUGUGUGUGCAGUGUGUGUGCCAGUGACGACAUUGACCCGCCCCCGCCCACAACACAAAACCCCCUCCGCCCCCGCAAACACCAACCCCUUCGCAGGGAAAAUGUGCCAUGCCAUUGCUGUUGUUGUGGCUUUGGUUGUUGUUUCUAGGCUAACUGAGGCGGGGGAGCACUAGAAAAGUCAAAGCCGAGAAAAAAAACCAUGUUCAAUCGCCAACCGAGCGGAGGAGCUGGAUCCAGUGGCCAGGGAGCGGGCACCAGCUCGCAGGCAGCUCCCGCCCCACCAGCCAAUGCAGCUGGAGGAGGAGGAGGAGCAUCUGCGUCUGGAUCUGGAUCAUCCGGAUCUGGAUCAUUACAACCGCCUAGCCAAUCGCCCGAUCUCUACCUGCGCCCGCUGCCCUUCCUCGACGCCAAGUGGCUGCGCGCCGAUCUCAUCGCCUCCCUGCGCAAUGCCGCCGAUGGCUCCGUGCUGUGGAACCACCUGAUCCAGGACUGUGAGCUGGUCUCCUCGCCCACCGCCCCCCUCCUGAAUGCCCGUGGCCAGCUGUCCUACCUGGGCGACGAUGGCAAGCACUACUGCGGCGCCCAGCAGCUUAAGUGCUCCUGCUGUCAGCCGGAAUACUGUGGUCCACUCUCCGCCUGCAACUGCGAUGGCUGCCGACCCCUGGACUCGGACACGGCCAUCAAGAAGCUCACCACCCAGGCCGCAGCCCAGCAGGCGGCCCAUCUCAGCCAGGCCACCGAUAUGGUCCUUAGCGGCUGGCUCUGGAGUCAGCCGCCAUCGCAGCAGGCGCGCCUGGACUGCCAGCGUUCCAUGAUCUCCGAGCUGCAGGAGCUGGCCCUGCGCGCAGCCGGCAACUGCUUGUCCGCCCAACAUCUUCGCCAGCAACUAUUUAUCUACGAGCGCUACUUUGUCGCCCUGAAGAGAGAGCGGGAGCGGGAGCGUCCGCCCGCGACAAGCACACAAGCGGUGCCGGCCAGCAACACCGCCGCCACCGCAAGCACCGCCAUUGUCGCCGCCACCAAUGCCAUCAACGCAGUGGAGCCCCAGCCGACGGAGCAGCCCGAGCACGGAGCCCUCGGCUUGGCGCGAGUGGCCACCCGGGCCGCCCUGAACUUUAGCUUUGCCUUCCUGCGGCGCGCCUGGCGCUCCGGCGAGGACAUGGAAAUGUGCAGCGAACUGCUGAGCGAGGCGCUGGCUUCUCUGCAGGAACUGCCGGAGGCCACGCUCUUCGAUGCAGCCGUCGUCUCGUCGCUCUGGCUGGAGGUUAUGGAGCGCUCCAUAAAAUUUCUGCGGCUGGUGGCGCUCGGUGAUCCGAUGGGUGGUCGUUGUACUGCACCGCUUAACGAUCGCCACACAGCACUGUGCCUGCUCCUGGAGCUGGGCGUCCAGAAGGGCACGCUGGCUGCCACGCUCGAGUGCGUUGUUUUGUUGCUGAUGCUCUGGGAAAAGGAUCGCGCCGGCAACGACAACCGGGACAUGCCUCGCAAGACAGGCGCCCCGCUGCAGCGCAUUCUGCUGCGCUACCAGAAGAUUGGAGCCACAUCGAAGGGAGGCGGCCUCGUCGGCGGAGAACCUGCUCCAGUGGCCAGUGCCACCGAAACCUUCCUGCGCUUUCUCUCGCUGCCCAAGAGCAGUGCGGCCAUUGUGGACCUCCGCCGCGCCGCCGUCGUCAUCAUUUCUCACCUGGACCGGAUGGUACAGCCGCUAGUGCCUCGCUGCCUGCUCCGCGGCGGACACGCCCCUGCCGCAUCGUCCAGUUUGGCACCCCAGCAGCGGGUCUAUGCCCUGGGCUGGCCAUCGCUCUCCAAGGAUCAGCAGGGAUUCAGCGCUGAGCCGGCGCUGAGCUGGAGUGGAGAAGCGACGUCGGUGCCCACGCUCAACUGCCGCUUUCAGAUCAAGCAGGUGGCCUGCUGCGAGAGCCAGAUGCUCCUCCUCAGCGAGGAGGGCAAGCUGCACACCUGGCGUCUGGCCAAGCCGGAAGCGGAACCGCUGCCCAUGGAAGAGGUCGCCCACGAGGUGUUCAUCAGCAUCGCCGGCCACUGCGAGGGUCGUCACUUUCUGGCCAUUGAUAGCAACCACAAUGCUUACUCCUGGGGCACUGGAGAAGAUCACCGACUGGGUCAUGGGGACACGCAUGCCCGCGCCGUGCCCACCAAGAUUGCUGCCCUGGAACAGCACUGCGUCCAGUCCGUCUACUGCGGUUGCUCAUACAGCGCGGCCAUCACCUGCGGCGGGAAUCUGCUGACGUGGGGACGCGGAACGUAUGCCCGCCUGGGCCACGGAAACAGCGAUGAUCGCUGCCUGCCUACACUAGUGGCGGCGCUGGCCGAGCAUAUGGUGGUGGACGUGGCCCUGGGCAGCGGCGAUGCCCACUCAUUGGCUCUCACAUCUAAGGGAUUGGUGUUCGCCUGGGGCGAUGGUGACUACGGCAAACUGGGCAAUGGCAACUGCAACGGCAGCCUCCAGCCGAUUCUUGUGGAAUCACUACCCCGGGUGCAGCGCAUCUUUGCGGGCUCCCAGUUCUCGGUGGCUCUGAGCAGCGAGGGGCAGCUCUUCACUUGGGGCAAGGCCACCUGUCUGGGCCACCAAUUGGUGGAGCGCAGUGUCCAGGGUUGCAGUGUUCCGCGUCUCGUCACCAGUUUGCAGCACAAACGCAUCGUGGACGUGGCCGUGGGUGUGGCUCAUUGUCUAGCCCUCUCCAGCAGCGGGGAGGUCUUCGGAUGGGGCCGUAACGACAGCCAGCAAAUCUGUCCAGCCUCCGUGUCCAGCGAACCGUUGUUGCGGACGCCCAUCCUCGUGGCAUUGCCUACGCUUCCGGCCAGCGGAAUCGCCUGCACCAGCGCCCAAAGUCUGGUGUGGACCCAGAGCUCACAACAGGGUGUGCCGCUGCGCGCCCCCUUUGUCAUCGAUUUAGGGGAGCCCACGUUUCGCCUGCUCGACCAACUGCUGAGCAUGUGCAGCAGCCAGGACAACCGGCAGACUCCGAAUCAGGAAAGCGAGUGCAUCGCCGUGGCUUGCCUCAACCUGAUCCGCCUCCAGCUGCUUGCUCUCAUCGCCAACGGAGUUGAGCCACGCCAGGUGGGCCUCGCCAGUGGCAGUCGCCUCCUCGGCAGCCUGAAGACGCGUGUCCUCGGGUUGGCUGGUGGCAGCCAAGUGCUACGCACAAUCCAAGUAGCCGCUCAACAGGCACUGCAGGACGGUUGGAGUGUCCUGCUGCCCACAGCAGCGGAGCGUGCCCAGACGCUCACCUCUCUGCUGCCCUCGGAACCGGGACAGGCGUCCUCCGCUGGCCACCGCUUCAUGACGGACCUCCUAGUCAGCUCCCUGAUGGCCGAGGGCGGAUUGGAGUCGGCGCUGCAGCACGCCAUCCGCCUGGAAAGCAGCUCCUGCUCCGCGGACUGCGGUGACGGCGUCCAUUUGCCUUUGCUGCAGUUGAUUACACGACUGCUAGGCAACAACGCCGCUCUCUCGCAGACACGACUCUCGCCCACUUUGGGCAAGCAGCAAGAGAAGGAGGAGGAGGAGCGCGAGCAGCAGCACCAGGAACCGAGCACCAGUCCCAGCUUGAGUCUGCUGCACCGCUUCCAGCGCCUGCUGCUGGCCCACAUUCACCAGGCGGAGCCCGAGGAGGAAACCACUGGUGCCGAAGCGCUUUUGUUGCAAUACCUACAUGCCCUAAUCCCCGCCUGCGUGAGCACUCUGCAGAAGGCCCACGAAUUGGCGCUGCAGUGUCGGGAGCCGGGCGAACAUUCCCUAAGUCAUCAGGUGGGUCAUCUGGGUCGCGUCCUCCAGGCGGACAUUUCAGACGCCCUGCUGCACGAGCUGCUGGUGGGUCUGGUGCUGCUCAAGCGCGAUCGUCCCCAGUGUCUGGGUGGUCUGCGUUGGGCGCGCCUGUUCCUGCCCCUUCUCCGCGUCCUGGACAGACUCAAUCGAGCCCUUGGCGAGGGAGAGCUGCGCGACGGCGACGACAUGGGCUGGCCCGGCAUUAUUUGUCGCGGUGGACCCAAGGGUGGACCACCUCCUGCCGAUCCCGAGACGCACUAUGUGCGCCGAGCGGACAUGGAGAAUUUACUGCUCGACGGUAGUCGCAUCAUCAUCCUAGCUGGCUAUGUCUGCGAUCUAAGCGGAUAUAACUGCGAGUCAGAGACGCUACGAAGCAUUUUGGAUGCGGGCCUAGGCAAGGAUCUUACGGCCGAGAUGAGCAACCACAGGAGCGCCAUGGAAUACAUCCUUCAGCACCACAAGCUGGGCAAAUACAUGGCGCAGGCUAGCAACGAAGAGAAGACAUCGGCGCCUGGACCCAGCCGUCUCACCCACUUUAGUUCGGAGUGCGCUCUGGCGCAGCUGCUUGGCCUGGUGGCAAACCUGAUGUGCAGCGGACCGGCCCUGCAGCCGGCUGAGCUGCAAUGUCGCCAGCUGGACAAGUCCAACUUGCUAAGCGGUGGUCUACAGCUACUCCAGCCGAGCAAUCCGUUCGACGAGGAGAAGGGUGAGGCGCGCAGCAGCCAAAGCUGUCACAGCACGGCGGGCAACACGCCCACGGAGCAACCGCCCCCGUUGCCGCUGCAACAGCAACUGGCUCCGGGACGUGGCAAGUCCCAGCUGCAGCAGCGAGCAGAUGCUUUCAUCAGCGGCCUGGCAGAGGCCCGUCUUUCCGAGCCGCCGGUGGCGGCUUGGCUGGCGCUCACCGAGCGCUACUGCAAGGCGCAUAACUUGAUGUGGCACCAGGAGUUCGCCACGGAACAUCCCGUCCAGGAGCUGGAGCGCUUGCUGAGCGCCGUGCUCAUCCGGCAUCAGUAUCUCGGCGGUUUAGUGCUGAGCGCACUGGAGACGACAGAGUCGCCGCCGCCACGACAACUGGGAGAAAUCAUUAGGCUGGUGCACCAAGCCAAGUGGUCGGUGGUUCGCACACGGCAACAGCUGAACCGCAGUUACAAGGAGGUGUGUGCCCCCAUCCUGGAGCGCUUGCGCUUCCUGCUCUACGAGGUUCGACCGGCGGUCAGUCCACAACAGCGUGGAUUACGCCGCCUGCCCAUUCUGCAGCGUCCGCCGCGCUUCCGCAUGCUGGUCCGUCGUCUCCUUCAGGAGCUGCGUUCCUCGCGGCAGCCGGCUAAACCGGAAGAUCUGCUCAAUGCCACUAUUCAGCAGGAGCAAGAGAAAAAGCCCCAGGCUAUGCCCAAACAGGAGCUAGAGGAACAGGAAGAGGAGGAAACGUUGUUGCGACGGCUGAAUGAACGCCAGAUCCAUGGCGAGGGAGAGCUGGACCCGGGGCUUAUGCAGGACAUUGUGGACUUUGCUCUGCAGGACAGCUGCGACGUAGAGACGGCGCGACGGGCCAUGUACUGCCAGAUGCAGAGAUACCAACUGAGGCUGGCCGGUCUCCAGCUUGUCCAGCAACUUCUGGAACUACAUGGCCUGUUGGAUGCAACGCAGUACAGUCUGCUAAACGGUUUCCUCGGACUGCACUUAAAAGCCACAUCCGCCGAAAGAGGAGGAGGAUCUGCGGGAUCCGGGAGCUCCCUGCAUGUUCUUGGCCAGCUGAACAUGAUAAGUGCCUACCAGAAGGCCAGACUACUGCUGGCACAAGCCCGCGUCCUCGACUGGGCGGUCCGGGAGCUGCGUCGUCUGGUUAACCAGGAGCAGCAGGGCCACGCCCGCGGCAAGGACAGCACCAAUCUAGGCACCUAUGUCCUCGUGAAGCGCUUGCCGCGUGCCCGCUUCCUCUUGAGCGUGUUCGGACUGCUGGCCAAGGAACUGGGCCCCAACGAGCUGGGCCUGCUCAUCAACUCCGGCCUGUUGGGCACCGUGCUUGGAUUGCUGGCGCAGACGGGCGGCGAGGGCGUGACCGGUGGUCAGAUGCACGGCGAACUGAGUAUCCUGUAUGAAGACAGCGUGCUGAAACAAAAAUCCAGCAAAGCGCAGCUCAGUGGUCCCGAUCUGGCCAAACUCAUGAAAAUCGGCACCAGGAUUGUGAGGGGAACGGACUGGAAGUGGGGUGACCAGGAUGGCAACCCACCCGGCGAGGGGCGCAUCAUUAGUGAGGUUGGAGAGGACGGAUGGGUGCGUGUGGAAUGGUACACGGGAGCCACCAACUCGUAUCGCAUGGGCAAAGAGGGCCAGUACGAUCUUCAGCUGGCUGACAGCGCUCUCAAUGUUGCCUCACCCACGGAACCCGAGCGGGAGGAUGUCUCCGGUAGCGAAGCCUCGCCCAGCAGCGAUUCGCAUCCAUCGAAAUUGCUGCGCCACUGUGCCGCCAAGCUUCUCCAAAUCCUGGCCGUCGGAAGUGGACUGCACGGUGCUCAGCUGGAUAAACACGCACUGCGCGGCAUGACCAGCAUGUUCCGGGCCAUCAUUUACCCCAAACCAUCGAUGUCUAACAUCUCCCAUUCGUUGGGUUGGCUGAACCUGGGCUUUAUUCGAGCCAUUUCUGGCGAUUGCCCGCGUCUUUGCCUGGAGCUGAGCACCCCGGGGUGGUUGAGUCACUACCUAUCGCUGCUGGAGCAGCCAGCGGGCAAUGAGGCUGGUGUCUAUCGGCAGCUCCACUGCCUGCGCCUGUUGCAGUUCAUCCUGGCGCAGUGGGGUGUCGAGGAGGAGCCACGGAUGCCCGCCCUAGUUCACCAACUGUUCGCCACACUGGGACGCAUCGCACUCCACUGCCCCGGUGAUGCCAGUCUGUUGCCCACGGCCGAGGGCAAGGCGCGCGUCUUGCUCACCGCCUCACAUUCGGGCAGCGUGGCCGAGGAGCUGGUGGCCCUAUUGCGCCGCCUGCACACGUUACCCUCUUGGAAUCCUGUCAUCAAUUCCUUCCUGGCGCAGAAACUUUGCGUGGCCGCCGAACUUCUGGCAGAGCAAUCGCCACACUCCACGUCGCUGGACAGUGAACAGGUGUUCGUGCUGGGUGUGCUCGGCGCCAUGGGUGGCCACGAUCUGCGGCCCCGCGUGGGCCUCCACUGCUUCCACGAAGGUAGCCACAUGGUGAUCGCAAGCUUCACGCCCAAGGGACGAUGUCUGCUGGCGCCCGGCGGCGUGGGAUCUGGCGUGGGAUUCGUGAAGGUGCAACUGCCGGCGGUUAUGCCCCAUUUGGAUCACAGCGUCUUUAGUCUGAGUCGUCUGCCGAUGAACGAAAUGCUACUGAAUGCCUGGACAGUGCUGCUCUAUGGACCAGCACCGGAACUCCGGGACCUGCCUAGCAGCCCGGAUGGUCGCCUGGACUUGGCCCUGCUCCGGGCCCAGCAACUCCAAAUGGCAGUGCUGCAUACGAAUGGAGUGCUAUAUCGCCACCAAGUAGCUUUACGGCGCAUCCUCAAGCAACGUGCUCCGGGCAGCAUCUAUGCAUCCGCCGAGGAAACGGACCGAAGCGUCCCGGAUUCGCAGCAGCAGCCAGUGGAGCAGCAGGAUCCAGAGCAGCAGCAGCUGUCUACAGGAAGUAGUCAGGAGUCGCAGCUCUUGAUACAGUGCAUCCUUUUGCGAGCCACCCAGGCAUCGCCAGUGAAAGCCUGCUACAGCUACAUGGAUCUAGCGACAGCCGCCCUCAACUGCAUCCAAUCUCUGGCCACUCAGGCUCACCAGGAACUGAGCGAGGGUGGCAACGUCGCUCCCAACGCCCAUUCCCUGUCAACACCCCCUCAACCGACGAUGGUGCACGGAGUGCCGGUCUACAAUGUGGCCAAGAAGGAGCAGAAGCCUCCGGAGCAAGUGGAGACCAAAUCCAAGUGGCCGGCAGCGGCCACCGAUGCCCAGCUUAUUGGGCAGAUUAUGGAGAUGGGAUUCACCCGUCGCACCGUGGAAUUCGCCCUCAAGCAACUGUCGCUGCAGGCGGAGAUCAUGCCCACACCCGAGCAAAUAGUGCAAUGGAUCUUGGAGCAUCCGGACGUGUGUGCCAACACCAUCGAAGAGGAUACGCUGCCACUGGCGUCUUCGAACUCGUCGCACGAUCCGGAGGCGGAUUCGGAUAAUGAGUGUCCUAGCUCGGAUUCAACGACCUCAUCCUCAUCGUCCUCCUCCUCCUCCUCGGAUACCGUAGAGGGUCAGCCGGUGGCCGCCAGUGCAGCCUCUCUUCAGAUAAAGUUCCAAACUCGCAAGGAUUUCCAGACCGCAGAUCUCUACGCAUUGUAUGUGCGCGGACUGGUUCGCCCGGGAAUGACGGUGCGUUGCUGUCGGGACUUUGAGGAGAUCAAGCAAGGCGACAUGGGCACCGUACUCAUUGUGGAUACCGAGGGACUUCACGAUCUCAACGUCCAAGUGGACUGGCGCAACCAUGGCAGCACUUAUUGGGUGUGCUUUGUGCACAUUGAACUGGUGGAGGCGGCCCUGGCCCAACACCAGCCCCGUCCCCCGCCCAUCGCGGUUGGUGCACGGGUGAGGCUGCGCGCCUCAGCGCUCCGAUAUGGAUUGCUGUGUCAGCUGCGUCUGGGCAGGGCGCAGGGAUCGACGGCCAUUGGUGUGGUGAGUUCUGUGCGCAGCAAACAGCUCACUGUAGACUUUCCGGACCUGCCCGCCUGGCAGGGUCACAUCAACGAGGUGGAACUGGUGGCCCCGCUGCCUACGUCAAUGAACAACCCUUUCUUGGGCGAUACCUGCAGUCCAGCGGCGGCCAGCGAUCUCAUCGAAGAUUGGUCGCGAUGCAUUCGUUCGCUAACGGUGAGUUCCAAUGAGGCAGCUGCCAAGCAUUUGCUUAAUGGCAGCAACCAGCCGUGGCAGAGCUGCUCCAGCGGUCCCUGUCGCCAUUGGAUCCGCCUGGAGCUGCAUGACCGCAUCCUCGUCCACAGCCUGACCCUGAAGGUUAGCCCCGAGGAUCACUCGCACAUGCCAUCGCUGCUGGAGAUCCGCGUGGGCGAAUGCAUCGAUAGCCUCAAGGAGUACACCUGGAUCCCGGUGCCGGCGGGUGCUAGUCGAGUGCUGCUUAUGCAGCACGUGCCAACGUACUACCCCUGGGUGGAAGUGGUGGUCAAGCAGUGCCAGAACAAUGGCAUUCAGUGCAAGGUACACGGCAUCAAGUUCGUGGGUCGCCGCCAGCAACCGGAUCUCCACCACAUACUGGCCAACGCCCAGUUCCUGGCCAGCGAGUACGGCGGCGGAGUGGGACCGACAUCGGCAGGAGCCGGAUCCGGAGCGCUGAGCGCAUCCCACGUAGAACCUGGAGCUGCGCCCGAGCAGGAUCUGCCCUGCACCGUUAUGGUGUGGGGUCUUAACGACAAAGAACAGCUGGGCGGCCUUAAGGGCUCCAAAGUAAAGGUUCCAACCUUCUCACAAACCAUCAGUCGGCUGCGCCCCAUCCACAUUGCGGGCGGAUCCAAAAGCCUGUUCAUUGUGAGUCAGGAUGGCAAGGUUUACGCCUGCGGCGAGGGAACCAACGGACGACUUGGCCUGGGCGUAACCCACAAUGUGCCAAUGCCCCACCAGUUGCCCGUGCUGCAUCAGUAUGUGGUGAAGAAAGUGGCCGUCCACUCCGGCGGAAAGCACGCUCUAGCCCUCACGCUCGACGGGAAGGUGUUCUCCUGGGGCGAGGGUGAAGAUGGCAAACUCGGCCAUGGCAACCGGACAACGCUGGACAAGCCGCGACUGGUGGAGGCGCUGCGAGCCAAGAAGAUCCGCGAUGUGGCCUGUGGGUCAUCCCAUUCGGCGGCCAUCAGUAGCCAGGGUGAGCUUUACACCUGGGGCCUGGGAGAGUACGGACGCCUGGGGCAUGGAGAUAAUGCCACGCAGCUAAAACCCAAGUUGGUGGCAGCGUUGGCCGGAAGAAGGGUCGUCCAAGUGGCCUGCGGCAGUCGGGAUGCACAAACUCUUGCCCUGACGGAGGACGGAGCGGUGUUUUCGUGGGGCGACGGCGAUUUCGGAAAACUUGGACGCGGCGGCAGCGAGGGAUCGGAUACCCCACACGAGAUCGAAAGGCUCUCGGGGAUCGGAGUGGUGCAGAUCGAGUGCGGCGCCCAGUUCAGCUUGGCCCUAACGCGAGCCGGAGAAGUAUGGACCUGGGGCAAGGGCGACUACUAUCGCCUGGGCCACGGUGGAGAUCAGCACGUGCGCAAGCCGCAACCCAUUGGAGGAUUGCGCGGCCGACGGGUCAUCCACGUGGCCGUGGGUGCCCUGCACUGCCUAGCGGUCACAGAUGCCGGUCAGGUGUAUGCCUGGGGAGACAACGACCACGGACAGCAAGGCAGUGGCAAUACGUUUGUGAACAAAAAGCCGGCUUUGGUCAUCGGAUUGGAUGCGGUGUUCGUGAAUCGGGUGGCCUGCGGCAGUUCGCACUCCAUUGCCUGGGGACUGCCCAAUACAUCUAUGGAUGAGGAGAAGAGAGGGCCGGUGCCCUUUGGCAGCACGCGAGAUCCCUUGGGUGGAAGCAGCCUGGGCAUCUACGAAUCGGAGACGGUGCAAACGCUGAAGCAGGAGGCCAAGCCGAUGAAUCUGAGCAGCCUGAGCGAGAGCCUGGCACUGGAGACUCCAGCGGCCAGGCAGGCGGCUCUGGGUCACGUCCUGCGCGCAAUGAGCAUCCUUCAAGCACGUCAGCUCAUCGUGGCCGCGUUAACCAGCCACAGCAAGGUGAACUACAAGGAGCGGGGAGCGGCCGGUGGCGAGGAGGAUCAACUGACGGGUGGAACGAUAAUGGGAGCGCCGCUGCAACUGGCGGAAACGAUUGCCCAGGGAGGCGGCGAGGCGCCUGCCGAUGCCACAGAUGCCGCUUUGCAGGAGCACAGUCCCGAGGCAGCCAUGGAUGCGCUGACCGGAGGCGUAGGAGUGUCCGGUGGAGCUGCCACACUGCCGCCGCUCACCGCUGGCCCACUGAGCGCCUUCCAGAGCCUAACCGGAUCCCUGUCCAUGUCGGGAUCGCUCUCGAGCAGCGCCCUGCCUCAGCACAAGCAUUCCCGGAUGUCGGCCAGCGCCAUGUCCGUGAUGGCCGCCACCAUGACGCAGCAGGAGGAGAUUCUAUCGCACAUUGGCAACUGCCACGGUCUGGACGACUUCGGCGGACUGCUUGGUGAGCCGGAGGCCAAGAGCCUGGUGGAACUGCUGAAAUUGGCCGUGUGCGGACGUUGCGGACCACCGAGCACCGCCCAGACCAUCGGCGACACCUUAAUUUCUCUGGGAGCUGGAUCACCUCCGGUUGCCGCCAUGCUCCUGGAGACAUGCAUCACGGAACUGGAGGACUUGUGCACGUCGCGCCAUUGCCUGGGUAAGUCACCCAAGCCAGUAAUGCAGGAGAGCAGCCACCCGUAUGUGGAUAACGUCAAUGUGACCGGAGUUGUGCGCAUUCCCGGAGCAGAGAUGCUGCGCCUGGAGUUCGACAGCCAGUGCAGCACGGAGAAGCGCAACGAUCCCUUGGUGAUAAUGGACGGCUCUGGUCGGGUGCUGGCCAUGCGCUCGGGGCGGGAGUUUGCCCACUGGGCGCCGGAGAUCCGGGUGCCGGGAGACGAGUUGCGCUGGAAGUUCUCAUCGGACAGCUCGGUGAACGGAUGGGGUUGGCGCUUCUGGGUGCACGCCAUCAUGCCGGCGGCCACGCUGGGCGAGAGCGGAUCGGAUAGGGCGGUGCUGUCGCAGCCCUCGAUGGCGCUGGUCAUGUCGCUGCUGGAUUCCCGGCUCGCUCCUCGCCAGCCGACUGUUCUGCUCCGUUUGGCCUCCGCCUUGGCCGCCUGCUCCCAACUAGGAGCACUCACCACCGCCCAGAGGAUAUGGUCUCUGCGCAAACUUCAUGCCGUUCUGCUGCUGGAACAGGCUCCUCGUCCGCAGGAUCCUGCGCUGUCCACGCUGCUCCACCCCCUGAUACCGGAGCUAUUGCGGCAGUACGAGUACGAGGAGCCUCAGGUACGUGGUGGAAUCCAUCUGAUGCACUCGGAUUACUUCAAGACUCUGGCUGCCCUGGCCUGCGACAUGCAGCUGGAUGCCACGCUGCCCGCCACCUCAUCAUCCUCGGCCGCAGCAGCGGGCUCCUCCUCCUCCACCGGAGAUGUGCACAAGUGGGCCUGGUUCAAGCGCUACUGCAUUGCCGUCCGAGUGGCCCAAUCCCUCAUCCGGCGCACGGAGCUGCCACGAGCAUUUUGCCUGGAGGUGCGCAAAAAGUUUGCCGAAAUGCUGCCCAGUUCCAGCACAAACUCGCAUAUUAAUCCGGGCGGCCAAUCGCCAGGGGCCUCCAUGUUGAACUCCACAACUUCACUGUCGUCAAGCACGGCCAGCAAUGUGUCCCCGCCGCCGGGUACCAUUAGCGAGCAUCACGAUCUGCACUGCCAUGCCCACCACUUGGAUUCCACCAGCACGUUGCUGCACGAGGAUCACACGCUGUUCCAGGCGCCGCAUGAUGCCCAACUGCUGCAGUGGCUCAACCGGCGACCCGACGACUGGGCCCUCAGUUGGGGUGGAGCCAGCACAAUCUACGGAUGGGGUCACAACCAUCGCGGCCAGCUGGGCGGAUUGGAAGGCAGCCGGAUUAAGACGCCAACGCCCUGCGAGGCGCUCAGCCUGCUGCGUCCGGUUCAGUUGGCCGGCGGAGAGCAAUCCCUGUUCGCUGUGACGCCCGAUGGCAAGCUCUUUGCCACGGGCUACGGAUCCGGUGGACGACUGGGCGUCGGUGGCAGCGACAGCUGGGCCAUUCCCACGCUGCUGGGAUCGUUGCAGCACGUGUUCGUCAAGAAGGUGGCCGUUAACUCCGGCGGAAAGCACUGCCUGGCGCUGACCACCGAGGGCGAAGUGUACGCCUGGGGCGAAGGCGAGGACGGAAAGCUGGGUCACGGCAACCGGAUGAGCUACGACCGGCCCAAGCUGGUUGAGCACCUUAAUGGAAUGAGCGUGGCGGACAUAGCUUGCGGCAGUGCCCACUCUGCGGCGAUCACGGCCAGCGGCCAUGUGCUCACCUGGGGCAAGGGACGCUACGGUCGACUGGGACACGGCGACUCCGAGGAUCAGCUGCGACCCAAGUUAGUGGAGGCGUUGCUCGGCUAUCGGGCUAUCGACAUUGCCUGCGGCUCCGGAGAUGCUCAGACGCUGUGCAUCACGGACGACGACAACGUUUGGAGCUGGGGCGACGGCGACUACGGCAAGCUAGGACGCGGCGGAAGCGAUGGUUGCAAGCUGCCCUACAAGAUCGAGAGUCUGGCCGGACUGGGAGUGGUCAAGGUGGAGUGCGGCUCGCAGUUCUCGGUGGCGCUCACAAAGUCCGGAGCGGUAUACACCUGGGGCAAGGGCGACUUCCAUCGACUGGGUCACGGAUCAGUCGACCAUGUCCGCCGUCCCAAGAAGGUGGCCGCUCUGCAGGGCAAGAAGAUCAUUUCGAUUGCCACCGGUUCGCUGCACUGCGUCGCCUGUAGCGACUCUGGCGAGGUGUACACCUGGGGCGACAACGACGAGGGCCAACUAGGUGACGGCACCGUCACUGCCAUCCAACGUCCACGCCUGGUGGCCGCCCUUCAGGGCAAGCACAUCGUGAAGGUCACCUGCGGAUCCGCGCACACCCUGGCCCUAUCCACAUCGCAGCUGAGCGAGCGACUGCGUCCGCUGCCCAAUCCGCCGCUGGAGUACGACUUGGUGCGUGAUCUGGCGCCGGAGGCCCUGCACGCCCGCCUCAUCCUGCUGCACCACUUCUCGGAGUUGGUGUGCCCCUGCCUGGCCAUGCUGCCCAUCUCCGGCGACCUGAGCCUGGGCGCCCUGAAGGAUGUGCUCGUGUACAACAUCAAGGAGGCCGCCUUCCGCAAGGUCAUCCAAACGACCAUGGUGCGGGACAAGCAGCACGGUCCUGUCAUCGAGCUGAACCGCAUUCAGGUGAAGCGGUCACGCAGCCGAUGCAACGGACUGGCCGGCGUGGAUGGGAUGAAGAGCGUCUUUGGCCAGAUGGUGCAGAAGCUGCCGCUGCUCACCCAGGAGGCACUGGCGCUGCCCCACCGCGUCUGGAAGGUAAAGUUUGUGGGCGAGAGUGUGGACGACUGCGGUGGUGGCUACAGCGAGUCCAUCGCCGAGAUGUGCGACGAGCUGCAGAACGGCAGUGUGCCGCUCCUGAUCAACACGCCAAACGGACGCGGCGAGGCGGGCGCCAAUCGCGACUGCUUCCUUCUGGACCCCACCCUGUCUUCGGUGCUCCAGAUGAACAUGUUCCGCUUCCUGGGCGUCCUCAUGGGUAUCGCCGUACGCACCGGAUCGCCGCUUAGCAUCAAUUUGGCGGAGCCCGUCUGGCGUCAGCUGACCGGCGAGAUACUGCGUCCUACAGAUCUCACCGAGGUGGACCGCGACUAUGUGGCCGGGCUGCUCUGCAUCCGCAACAUGGACGACGACCCGAAGUUGUUUAACACGCUGGAGCUGCCGUUCUCGACGUCCUCGGCCCGUGGCCACGAGGUGCCGCUGUCCACGCGCUACACGCACAUCUCGCCCAGGAACCGGUCGGAGUACGUCCGCCUCGCACUCGGCUUCCGGCUGCACGAGUUCGACGAGCAGGUGAAGGCGGUACGGGACGGCAUGUCCAAGGUGAUUCCAGUGCCUUUGCUCUCGCUCUUCUCCGCCGCGGAGUUGCAGGCGAUGGUCUGCGGCUCGCCGGACAUCCCGCUGGGCCUGCUGAAGUCGGUGGCCACCUACAAGGGCUUCGAUCCAAGCUCGGCCCUGGUCACCUGGUUCUGGGAGGUGAUGGAGGAGUUUACGAAUCAGGAGCGCUCUCUAUUCCUACGCUUCGUCUGGGGUCGCACCCGUUUGCCGCGCACCAUUGCCGACUUCCGCGGCCGUGACUUUGUGCUACAAGUGCUCGAGAAGAAUCCGCCUGACCACUUCCUGCCCGAGAGCUAUACCUGCUUCUUCCUGCUCAAGAUGCCCCGCUACUCAUGCAAGGCCGUGCUCCUGGAGAAGCUCAAGUAUGCCAUUCACUUCUGCAAGAGCAUCGACACGGACGAGUAUGCACGCGUGGCCAUGGGCGAACCCACCGAGGCGACCGGCAGCGAGGACAACAGCGACCUGGAGUCGGUGGCCAGCCACGAGGGCUAAACCCACUGUCCAUCCACGUUCAUCCGGCCCACACCGAUCCAACCUGCCUGACCUGAACAACUUGAAAACUGAAUAACCGAAUAACCGAACAAAUGGAGCAAGAGUCAACCGAAGACCUUGGACACCUGGCGAAUCUCCCAGCAGUUUAUGAUGAUCCUCACACACUAGGACACACGAAGCCUUCAAGUUAAACCCACUCACGCGACACGUACACAUAUAUACACGUAUAAACAUAUAUUUUAAAUUAGCACUUGAAUCUGAGCAAGACGACGAAUCGAGCGAAGGAGACGGCAUGUGAGCGAGAGAAAGAGAGAGAGAAACAGAGAGAGAGAGAGAGAUAGACGGCGAGAGAGCGAAAGGAAUAACGAUCGGUCGAUCGCGUAAUGAAACCAAAAAGCAAAGCGUUAAAGUUAUUUCCAUAUUAUAUAUAUACAUAUAAAUUUAAAUAUAAAUGUUAGUUGAAGUCCACUCAUAAUUAUACACAAGGCUUAAACGUUAGACGCAAUCCAAUCCAUUCCCAUCCAUCCCGAGUACGAACCCUGCCCCAAACAGUUAAUAAGCUAAUUGAUAUUGAUAACCCUAAGGCCCUAAAGGGGCUGAAUCCGUUUCUAAUGAUGAUCUAUUCAAAAGUUAGAUGCGCCCUCAAAGCGCUGCAAAGAAAACUAUCUGAACUAAACUGAAGCUAAAUAAAAUACUAUGAAAUGCAA